AUGGGGUCGUGGCGCAAGGCCUACGGCGCCCUCAAGGACUCCACCAGGGUCGGCCUCGCCAAGGUCCACAGCGACUUCAAGGAUUUGGAUAUUGCCAUUGUCAAGGCGACCAACCACGUAGAAUGCCCUCCCAAGGAGCGCCACGUCAGAAAAAUAUUCUUGGCAACCUCGAUGACCCGCCCUCGCGCCGAUGUCGCCUACUGCAUAUACGCCUUGUCCAGAAGGCUGUCCAAGACAAAGAAUUGGACAGUUGCCUUGAAGACGUUGAUAGUGAUACACAGGCUUCUGCGAGAAGGCGAUCCUACUUUCAAGGAAGAGUUCCUGGCCCACUCACACAAAAGAAACCUUUUGCACAUGGCGAAUUUCAAGGAUGGCUCGAGCCCAUUAGCUUGGGAUUGCUCCGCGUGGGUUCGCACCUACGCGCUCUUCCUGGAGGAGCGGCUCGAGUGCUUUAGGAAUCUAAAAUACGACAUCGAAACCGAGCGUCUGAUGAGAUCUCCCCAGCAUUCUGCCAAGGCACAUAGUAGAACCAGGACGAUGCCUUGGCUUGAUCUUAUGGAGCAUUUGCCUUCAUUGCAGCAGCUGCUCUUCAGGCUUAUGGGCUGUCAGCCUGAAGGUUUAGCAUGCUCAAACUACCUCAUUCAAUAUGCAUUAGCCUUGGCUUUGGAGGAGAGCUUUAAAACAUAUUGCGCAAUCAAUGAUAGAAUCAUCAACCUUGUUGAUAUGUUCUUCGAGAGGCCGAGGUAUGAUGCUAUCAAGGCUAUUGCAAUCUAUAAAAGAGCUAGCAUGCAGGCAGAAAACCUUGCUGAUUUUUACGAAUUCUGCAAGGAUCUUGAGCUUGACACGACAUUCCAGUUUCUUACUCUCAGACAGCCACCCCCAUCAUUUCUUGCAGCCAUGGAGGAGUACAUCAGAGAAGUGCCACGUCCCACAAUCAGGAGACUGGACAGUGAGGAGAGGAAGCUACUAACCUACAGCCAGGAAGCUCCAAAAGAACCUAAAAAGCCGGUGGAAGGGGAGCAAGAAGAGCCUGCACAGCCUGAACAAGAACCAGAGCCUGAGCCUGAGCCUGAGCCUGAACAACAACUGCCCGCAAUGGAAACCACUGGAGAUUUACUCAACCUGGAUGAGGAGGUGAAUCCCUUUGUCGUGGAUCUUGAUGAACACAACGCGCUUGCACUCGCUAUUGUGGCACCAGGAGAUGGAAGCAAAGCAUCUUGUCAAGAUUUGUUUUCUGGCAGCACAUCUGGGUGGGAGCUGGCCCUCGUCACUGCUCCAAGCCGCUACACCAGCCAACCAAUUGAGACCAAAUUGGCUGGGGGCUUUGACAUAAUGCUACUCGACAGCCUCUACGAAGACGGGGCGAGGAGGCAGCAGAUCGCCAGCGUGGCCUACAACGGCAGCCUUGGACAAGCCAACAAUCCCUUCGAAACGAACGACCCUUUCGCCAUGUCCAACAGCUUUGCGCCCCCUUCCAACAUCCGGCUGGCAAUGGUGACCCAGCAGCAGCAAUACUUCCAGGCUCAACAACAUCAGCAGCAAUACUACUACCAGCCUCAGCUCCAAUACUACCAGCCCCAGCUGCAGCAGCAGCAUCAGCAGCAGUAUUUCCAGGCUCAGCAGCAUCAGCACCAGUAUUUCCAGCAGCAGCCCCAGUAUUGUGUGCAUCCGGCCGGAACUUACAAUCCGUUUGGUGACCCUUUCACUGACCUUGUAACUCUGGCUGCUCCUUCAAAACAAGGCGAUUUAAGUUUGCUCUGA